CAAGUAGCCAUUCCACUAAAGCAACCUGCCAUCUCUUCUCAUUGAGCUCAAAUUCACUUUUAAUUCUUAAACAAUCAGUAGUGAUAUCAUCCUAAAAAGUGUACGCUUGAUUUACAUUUUGCUUGCAAUAUGACGGCUGUCAAUGUUGCCCUGAUUCGUGAUGCCAAGUGGCUGACUUUAGAGGUCUGCCGAGAAUUUCAGAGAGGAACUUGCUCUCGAGGUGAUGCAGAUUGCAAGUUUGCCCAUCCGCCAAGAGUUUGCCAUGUGGAAAAUGGUCGUGUGGUGGCCUGUUUUGAUUCUCUAAAGGGUCGGUGUACUCGAGAGAACUGCAAGUACCUUCACCCUCCUCCACACUUAAAGACUCAGCUGGAGAUUAAUGGACGUAACAAUCUGAUUCAACAGAAAACUGCAGCAGUCAUGUUCGCUCAGCAGAUGCAGCUCAUGCUCCAGAACGCUCAGAUGUCAUCCCUUUCUAUUCCUGUGACUCCACCACUUACAGCUAAUCCUACCGUGGCUUUCAGUCCAUAUGUAUCUCAUACUGGGAUGAGCCUGGUUCCAGCUGAAUUUGUACAAAAUACACCUGUUCUGAUUUCUGGUAAUCCACCUGUCCCACUGACAGGAGUUCCUGGUCCAAAGCUGAUGCGGUCAGAUAAACUGGAGGUGUGCCGUGAAUUUCAGCGUGGAAAUUGUACCCGUGGGGAGAACGAUUGCCGCUACGCUCACCCUACAGAUGUUUCUAUGAUUGAUGCAAAUGAUAAUUCUGUGACUAUCUGCAUGGAUUACAUCAAAGGUCGCUGCUCCAGGGAGAAAUGCAAGUACUUUCAUCCUCCUGCACAUUUGCAAGCCAAACUCAAGGCUGCUCAUCACCAGGUGAACCAUUCUGGUGCCACCGCGAUGGCCGUACAGCCUGGUGCACUUCAACUGAUACCAAAGAGAUCGGCCCUUGAAAAGAACAAUGGUGCCACCCCGGUCUUUAGUCCUGCUGUUUUCCACUGCCAGCAGGGUCUGGCUAACGUGCAGAUACCGCAGCCGGCAUUUAUCCCUGCAGGGCCAAUACUGUGCAUGGCACCCGCUACAAGUUUUGUGCCCGUGAUGCACGGUGCUACACCAGCCACUAUGCCUGCAGCAACACCACCUGCCACCAGCGUUCCCUUCGCUGCAACAACUACAGGCAAUCAGUCGAAAUUCUGAACAGCAGAGUUACAGAGUAUCGGAAUCUCUCCAUGACAACCUCCAUAUGGCCUUUCUAUAUAUAUUCUCAUAUGUCCUCUUCUACCGACACAACAAUAAGCAUGGUGCAGUCAACAUAUUAAACAAAGCAAACAUGCCAAUCAACAAGUAAAAAUAAAGCAUUAAAGAUCAGUAGGGAUGUUAAAACACCAUCAGAAAACUACCAUCCAUCUUAUUUGAAUUAUUAGAUAGAACAUGAUUGUAAAAUUUUGUGAUAUCUUUUUUCCUGUAACCAUUAUACUAAAUGAAUCUCCACAGUGUGAUGUUGGCUUACUGUACAUUUUGGUGGCUAAAUGUUCAUCUGUUUUUGAGGUAUCACCUUACUAUUUUGUUUACAGGAUAGUCUAUUGAGUUGAUUUAGAAUGUAACAAAUAUAACCUGUAGCAUUUUGCCUAUGUGGCAUUUUAUUGGGUUGGGCUGUGUUUAAUUUUCACAUAUUAUAGUGUUUUGCUGUAUAUGUGUGGUGUUUGAUAGGAAUUAAAAUGAUAAUAGUAAGGAACAGAAGUCUAUGUGCUUGAAAAACAUGACAGGUUCAUGUUAAUAUGCUCUCUUUAGAAUAUUUCUGUAGUUUUCUUGGGGGAAACAUGUAUAACGCCUCACGUUUGAGUGUGCACAAAACCUGUUCAUAAACAUGCAUGUGUAUAAUUUGUGGCUGCAGAUCUAACCUGUGUAAUUCACUAAAGUUACUGAUUUUCUUUAAGAGAGAAACGAUUAGCCACAUGAAGUAGGAAACUUCUUAAAACAUUAACCCCUAAUACACUCCUCUUAAAUAGCUUGAAAAACAAUUCACUGUUUAAUGAUUUUUUUCAGCAUAUUUACUAAAAAUUAUGUAAAGUAAACAUUACAUUUCUUUUUUUAUUCUCAAGAAUACUCUGCAUAGGUUGAGUGUCUAAAAUUGAGCCAUUUGUCAUCUUCAGCUGAGAAAGUGGUACUUGGGGGUUGAAAGGAAUGCUAAUUGCAGGUUAUAAAUCAAACAGAGGUGGCGGAGGUAGAGAUAGUUUUUACAUACCGGCGGAAAGUGUGUAAAACCAUUGCAAUGUAACCUUUUACACAAGUGCUAUUUUCCAAAUGCAAAUGGCUCAAGUUCUUAGGCUAUUCUUUAAAUAAUAAGAUGCAAUCUAGCACAAGUCAGUCAGGGUGAAAGAGAAUUAGUUCCAAAUGAGGCCUUUCCUCUUCAAAUGGACAAUCUUCUCUAUUGAUCACAGAGGGAGCCUGAGUACAGAUUUGGGGAAAUGGCAGGGUCGGGGCCAGGAAAGUAUUUAAAAUUUACCCUUUGAUUUAUGCAAAAGAACUGGUAAAGAUGUCGCACCUGUCUUGCACUUCAGUUUAACUGAAUUGGCAAUUUUGUUAAACAUUUUGGUGAAGGACCAAGUGCCUGUGAUACAUGACAAGUGUUUUCCUGCCCGAACUUUAACAUCAGAAUCUUUUGCAUCAAAACUAAGCCUCUUAUUUUCCUUUGUUUAGAUUCAUUUACCUUUAUAUUUGUUUAAAAUAGGGUAGAUUAAUACUCUUUGGUUAAUUUAGAGUGACUGUAUUCCACAGAGGUGAGCUGAAUUCUCAUUAGUAGAUGAGUAAAAUAGCAAUUAAUUUCUGUGCUCUAUAGUAUAUCUCCAUUCUACUCAGUUAUUUUACAGUGGUAAAAACAUAUUAUAUUUUAUACCCACUUAAAUUUAACAUUUUCUACUAAAUGUAUGUUCUCCCCCUAGAAAAUAUAAAGCUAUCAAAUUUAAUAUAGAGAAAAGGGUUUUUUUCCUCCUUCAUGAAAAUGACCAGCAAAAGGAAAAAUCUGAUUUAGGAUACCUUAAGCCAGCUGGUAGGUUUGAAUUAAAAAGCAAAGGAAUCAGCAAAAUCUUUUCAUAGUUGAUAAAACUUAAACUCGAGCCUAUGUGACUUCUGCAAAACUAAGUAUCCAUUGUGACACCCAGAACCAUCUCCAGACUCCAAUUGUAAAUCCUUUUCAUGAUGUGCUUCAGAGCCUUUGAGACUGAGUCUCAAAGCAGAUCGGUUUGGCUCAGAAUACAAAAGAGUAAAAUUAUCUCCAGUAGUUGCUAUCCUAUUAGUCUUAAUUAUGAACCCAAAUCCUGCUUACCUGUGAUUUCUAAACAGUCUUACUUGUAUUGAGCCACUGUUGUCUGUUAACAGUGUUACCUGCAGUUAGAGAUCAAGAUGUGUUAUUUUACCCAUGACUCUUUGAACCACUUGUUUUCUCUUUCCUGACAUCUUAACAUUGCUAGAGAAGAAACUAGGGUAUGCCUUUUGGAGACACCUUGUGUGUGGAGCUGAGUUUUCUGUAACUGUGUCAGUGACUCUCCAGAAGGGCAGGUCUGACCACAUGAAUCCAGAAAGGAUGCACCUGAGAUAGUCUAGAUGUAUUCCUAAUGGUGAUGGGAAUGUUUUUUUGUGCAGACGAACUUUUUUGACAUUUUUGAUGCAACAUACUAUCUCAUUUAACUUUUUAAACUUUUGACAAAGAUGUACAUAGACGUAAAGUACAGCUAUUUUCAUGUUGCUGUAAGCACUGGAAGACAUUAAUAAUGACUUAUUUUUAGUAAAAGAUUGAGCGAGGAACAUUCAGGGUAGUUGUAUUUUGGAUGCCACCAUUUUCUACAUUGUUGACAUUUUAGAAGUUGCUAUAUAAAUGAAUUUAAGGAAACAAAGCUCAAAGCCCUAAAGUUUUGAUCAAAUUCAACAGAGUUUUGAGGAAAUGAAAUUUUAAGACAGCACUCUUUAAAUGAGUUGUGCAAUGACUUAUUCAAAUUAUCUUUAUUCAAGAAAAGACUAGACCAAUAAGUCAUUAGACUAUAAAUUUCCAGUUAAAA